UGCGACUUUGAGAGACCUGGGCUAAAGCAGAAGACCAUCAAUACACAACCAGAGGGGGAGAGAGAGAGAUCAUGGAGGCAACAAACAUGAAUUCUACAGACAAGGGGAAGGAUGAUGAAGAUUUGCUUCCAGGGUUUCGAUUUCACCCAACAGACGAAGAACUUGUCGGGUUUUAUCUUCGGCGAAAGGUUGAGAACAGACCUAUCAGUAUCGAAAUCAUCAAACAGAUUGAUAUCUACAGAUACGAUCCAUGGGAUCUUCCAAGAGUUAGCACUGUGGGCGAUAAAGAGUGGUAUUUCUUUUGCAUAAGAGGGAGAAAGUACAGGAACAGCAUAAGGCCGAACAGAGUGACAGGAUCAGGGUUCUGGAAAGCCACUGGCAUCGACAAGCCCAUUUAUACAGUAAAAGAACCCCAUGACUGCAUCGGCCUCAAGAAAUCCCUCGUCUACUACCGAGGUAGCGCCGGUAAGGGCACCAAAACUGAUUGGAUGAUGCAUGAGUUUCGCCUUCCCCCUAACGCCAAGGACGUUGCCCAGGAAGCUGAGGUGUGGACCCUUUGUCGAAUUUUCAAACGAAUCCCAUCGAACAAGAAGGACGCAGCAGCUGCUUGGAAAGAUACCAGAAACAAGCAAAACGGAGCUUAUCAUACCAGUUCCAGAACAUGCAGCCUGGACUCUGAAAACAGUGAGCAAUGCAAGAGUUUUUGUGACUCAGUCCUCCUACAAAACGACAUCAAACCAAAUAUCAUGGACCAAGUGGAUGCCAGAAACUACUUCCUCGUGGGUCCAUGGACGAAUGCUAUGUCACAACAAGCUCCAUUUGCAGCUUCUUGCCCCAGCUUUUGGAAUCCGAAUGGCGACGUCGACAUCUUUACAAAUGGAAAUUGGGAUGAGCUGAGACCUCUGGUUGAGCUAGCCCUUGAACCCUCUCCAUAUCUGUGAUUGCACAUAGAAGCAUGAAUGCAUGGCAGGCAAAUAUAAUAGCGUUUUCCACAACUGCCAUAACUGGGAAAUCUUCUUCAUCUUUCAGUGGGGCACUACGCACUGUAGAUAACUUUAAUAAGUAAAUGGCGAGGCAGGAAAACCAGUACCCUACAUAACUUGUACGUCCUUCAGAGAGAAGAAACUGCCAUGGAGGGUGAAUAUGUGAAAUAAUUAUGAAAGAGGAAAUCAAGGAGAUGGUUAAGGCAGUGGUGAAUUCACUAAGCCAGUGUCAGAAGCAUUGAUCUUGAUUUCCUUCUUUUUAUUUUCUAUAGGUUUUGUUGAUUAAUUUAGCUACUGAGUUUGUAGAGAAAACAGCUAGCUGGUAGGAUAUAUUUACUAAAAUUCUCUUAUUUUAUGAACAUAUAUAGCUAUGUAGUUAUUAUGCUACUAUAUGACGAUCUUGCUUAUCAAUUUAUAGUAUUUUGGUAGCAGCAUUUUGGUUA